AGUAUCAGCAACAAUUCAAGAAACAGCGCCAUCGAAACCCCAAACAACAUUCAAAUAUCAAAAAAGAAAAAUCUCUUGAGUGUUUUGAAAAUGUCAGGUCGUGGAAAGGGAGGAAAGGGAUUGGGAAAGGGAGGAGCGAAGAGGCACAGAAAGGUGCUUCGUGAUAACAUUCAAGGAAUCACGAAACCCGCCAUUCGCCGUUUGGCUCGCAGGGGAGGCGUCAAGAGAAUCAGCGGUCUCAUCUAUGAGGAGACACGUGGCGUCCUCAAGAUCUUCUUGGAGAACGUCAUUCGCGAUGCCGUUACCUACACCGAGCACGCUCGCCGCAAAACCGUUACUGCCAUGGAUGUCGUUUAUGCCCUCAAGAGGCAGGGAAGGACUCUCUACGGUUUCGGUGGUUGAUUCAUUUUAGCGUUUAGUAUUUCCUCGUGCUUGUAAAUGUUUCAUGGAUUAGUGAGGUCGAUGAAGUGUAGUGUUGGAUCUUGAGGAAAUGGAAAUGAUUGUAUUUUUUUUUAUUUUGGUUUUGGAAUCUUGAUGUUAUGUAUUCUAUAUGAAAUGUUAAGCUGAAGGAGUUAGUAAUUCU